AGAGAACAUUACACAAAAUUCUCUAUAUUGUUAUUAGGAAGAAACUAGAAACGAUGAGCAAUUACUUUCAGAAAUGGGAUUAUGCAUUAUUAGUGGUGCUUAUUAUGUUGUAUGAUGCAGGAUUAAUCCAUGGGGAAGUUACAUGCUUAGAGAAUGAGAGGCAAGCACUCCUCAGCUUCAAACAAGGCAUUCAUGAUGAUAGGGGCAUGCUGUCGACAUGGAGCAACGAUGAUUGUUGCAAAUGGCAGGGAAUUACAUGCGGCAACCAAACAGGUCAUGUACUCCGCCUUCAUCUCCGUGGAUCAUAUUCACAUCAUUUAUCUGGUCAAGCCAAUAUCUCCACUUUGAUUGACUUGCAAUAUCUUCAACAUUUAGAUCUCAGUUACAAUAGUUUUCUUGGUAGUUAUAUCUCAGAACAUAUUGGCUUGUUUCCCAAGUUAAAAUAUCUCAAUCUCUCACGAGCUGAUUUUGUAGAAAGUAUUAUUCCUUAUCAACUAGGGAAUUUGUCUCAACUACAGUACCUUGAUAUAAGUCAUAAUCAUUUUGGUGGAGAAAUCCCUCCUCAACUAAGCAAGCUUACACAUUUACAGUAUUUGGAUCUCAGCUACAAUGAUCUUGAUGGAGUUAUCCCAUAUCAACUCAAACACUUGGGACAACUACAAUAUCUCUGUCUUCAAGGGAAUAGUGAUCUUUCAGGAGCAAUCCCUUUUCAAAGUGGUGAUCUUCCAUUGCUGCACACUCUCAAGCUCCGUGGUGACUUUGAUCUUGAAACUCAAGGUGUAGAAUGGGUGUCUAAACUCUCCUUUUUAAAUACUCUUGACUUCAGUUCAAUGAGUCUUGGCAACUCUCACCAGUGGCUUCAAAUGAUUCGUAAGCAUAUUCCAAACUUAACAGAGCUGAGGCUGUCGGAUUGUAGUCUUUCUGAUAAUGAUGUUCAACUUUUGUUUCAUAUUCAUUCUAACUAUUCUUCCACUACUCCCCUUACCAUCCUUGAUUUCUCUUAUAAUAUGUUGACAUCAUCCACAUUUCAGUUGUUGUCCAACCUCAGCUUUAACCUUCGGGAGCUUUAUCUUUCAUCUAAUGAUAUUGUUUUGUCACAAUCUCAUUACCCAAACUUUCCUUCUCUAGUGAGCCUUGACCUUUCUUAUAAUAAUCUCACUUCAUUACUGUUUCAAGGAAAUUUCAACUUCGGCUCCAACCUUGAAAUGCUUUAUUUGUCAAAUUGCAGUCUUACAGAUACAAGUUUUCUGGUGUCAUCUACUUCCAUUGUGAAUUCUUCAUCUUCUAUUGUUAGCCUUCAUCUCUCCUUUAACCUGUUGACAUCAUCAAACAUAUUCCACUGGAUUUUCAACUUCACAGCCAAUCUUCACACCCUUUCUCUUCGUGACAACUUAUUAAAAGGUCCUGUUCCACUAGGUUUUGACAAAGCAGUGAACUCUCUUGAAUAUCUCGAUCUCUCUCAUAACAAUCUGCAAGGAGAGAUUCCCCAUUUCUUUGGAAACAUUUGCACACUACAAUCACUACACUUGUCAUAUAACAACUUGAGUGGGGACUUUUCAAGAUUCAUUCAAAAUUCUUCAUGGUGCAACAGACACAUAUUUCAGGAGCUAUCUUUGUCCUACAAUCGAAUUACUGGUGUGAUACCUAAAAGCAUCGGGUUAUAUGAGUUGGAACUUAUGUACCUACGUGGGAAUUCUUUGAAGGGUGAAAUCACUGAAUCACAUCUCACAAGCUUUUCCAAAUUAAAAUACUUGUCUUUGGCUUACAAUUCAUUAUCUCUAAAGUUUGUUCCCAGAUGGAUUCCUCCUUUCCAGUUAAUAAUUUUGAGGCUAGCAUCUUGCAAGUUGGGUCCUAACUUUCCAAGUUGGCUACACACUCAAAAUUACUUAGAUUAUCUGGAUAUUUCUAAUGCGGGGAUUCAUGGCUCUGUGCCGGAGUGGUUUUGGUAUAAGAUUCAUUUUCCUGAGUUUUAUUUGAAUAUGUCUCACAAUAAUUUUACAGGAGCUAUUCCAAAUUUACCACUAAGGCCCCAACACGGAAGAUCUACAGAUUUGAGUUCAAAUCAAUUUGAGGGUGUCAUUCCAUCCUUUUUGCUACAUUUUUCAUGGUUGAUUCUCUCUGAAAACAAAUUUUCAAAUGUAUCAUCACUGUUGUGUCAAGAGAACAACAUUGGUAGGAAAUUGGGCACUCUAGAUUUAUCAAACAAUCAAUUGAAGGGUUCAUUGCCUGAUUGUUGGAAAUCUUUAAGCUCACUAUUGUUUCUUGAUCUAAGUAAUAAUAACUUGAUAGGGAAGAUUCCACCAUCCAUGGGCUCCCUUGUCAAAUUGGAAGCUUUGGUCUUACGAAGCAAUGGAUUCAUUGGCAAACUACCUUCUAGUUUGAAGAACUGCACCAGUUUAUUUUUGUUGGAUGUCAGUGAAAAUUUUCUGUCAGGUCCAAUACCCUCUUGGAUCGGUGAGAGUCUACACCAAUUGAUAGUUUUGAGCAUGUCAGGAAAUAGUUUCUCUGGAAAUCUUUCUAAGCAUCUCUGUUACUUGAAGAAAAUUCAACUGUUGGAUCUUUCCAGAAAUAACUUAUCAAAUGAAAUUCCAACAUGCUUAAAGAAUUUCACUGCAAUGUCCAAAAAGAGCAUCAACUCAACUGAAACCGCAAGUCUUAUAUAUUGGUACAACAGUACUUAUAUUGAGAUUUAUGGUUUUUAUUUUUCUUAUACAUUUAACAUAACAGUAAUGUGGAAAGGUGUUAAAUGUUGAUUUAAGAAUCCAGAGUCGCGUCUUAAUAGCAUUGACCUCUCGAGCAAUCAUUUUACUGGUGAAAUCCCAAAUGAGAUUGUGUACUUGGUUGGUUUAGUUUCUUUGAAUCUUUCAAGAAACAAUUUGAGUGGAGAAAUUCCUUCUGAAAUAGGGAACAUAACUUCACUGGAAUCAUUAGACUUAUCAAGAAAUCAUAUAUCUGGCACAAUCCCUUCAAGUCUUUCCCAGAUUGAUAAUCUAGGCGUGUUAGAGUUGUCAAACAACUCUCUUUAUGGAAGAAUCCCACCUGGAAGACACAUGGAUACCUUUGAUGCAUCUAGCUUUGAAGGAAAUCCUAAUCUUUGUGGGACACAACUUAACAAAACUUGUCCUGGAGACAUGCCAGCAGUAAAGCCUGAAGAACCAACAACACAUGAUGAUGCAGAUGAUAAUUCAGACUUUUAUGAAGCAUUACACAUGAGCUUAGGCUUUGGAUUUUUCAUUGGCUUCUGGGGUCUUUUAGGGCCAUUGUUGUUUUGGAGGUCUUGGAGAAUUGCUUAUCUCAGAUUCUUGAAUGAAGUGGCAGACUACAUAUAUGUGACAGUGGCAGUAUAUGUAGCAAAAUUUCACAAGUGACUCAAUGACUGCAAGAGAUGCUCAACACUGAGACUGAGAUGAUGGACACAUCAUUGAUUGCUAUGAUUAUAGGAGUUUGCACUGAGAUAUUUGGUUUGUAAUUGAAGUUUAUGGGUUGUAGAGAUCACUUUUCUGGAUACUUACUAUUAUGCUGUUUUAUAAUUUCAUUAUGUAAU